AUGUUACUUGAACAUUCAGAAAAUUAUGAUGUAAAAAUUCAAGCUGGAGAAAAUCAAAAUUCUAAGGAAUUUAGGGCACAUUCAAACAUUUUAUGCGCACGAUGUCCUUAUUUCAAAAGCGCAUUAUCGACUAAUUGGGUUACGAGAAAAGAUGGUGUUGUAUCAUUGGAGAAACAAUCUGGAAGAGAUAUAUUAAAUUUGAUGGUUGCAGCCGACGAAUUACUUCUCGAAGAAUUAGUUACUUACGUACAAGAUUAUUUAGUAACAGAUCAAUGUUCAUGGGUACAACAAAAUUUUGUUCAAGUUUUACAUACUGUUUUUCGAUUAAGUAAUUGUAAAAAAUUGCAAGAUUUUUGUUUGGAAUCCAUAUGUGAAGAUCCACAACCAUUUUUUAUUUCAAAUGAUUUUAACGAAUUAGAUAAAGAAAUACUUUUCGGUUUGGAAACAUUGGAUCAGUUCAUGCCUUAUAUUCGAUUUACGGCAAUCUCACGUCCUGAUUUCUAUGAUAAAGUUCGACCGUACAAACAGAUUCUCGGUUAUGAAUUAUACGAAGAGUUGAUGCAAUUCCAUUUUAAAGAUAUAAAACCAAAAAGUGCCGAUUUACCGGCAAGAAUAGCAUACUCCAGAAUUGAUUCCAUUAUUCUAAAACCAAAGCAUGCUGCGGUUAUUUCAAAUUGGAUCGAACGAAAAGAAUCACCAUUUGUCUUUUCUAAAAAGAACGUCUACCAGUUUGACCUCAUCUAUCGCGGUACACGUGAUGGUUUUAGUAAUGGGGCCAUUAUAAAUAGAUGUCAAAAUUAUGGUGCGUACGUUGUCGUUAUAAAAAUUAGGGGAUGUAAUAAGGUUGUUGGUGGUUAUAAUUCUUUAGGUUAUCGAAGAAGCAUGAACAAUACUCAAGGUUUUCAAUCUGGAUUUUUAACCCAAAUGGAAUGGAAGUAUAGCCUUGAUAGUUUUUUGUUUUAUUCUGAUGAUAUGAAAAAUAUAAAAACUAUGCAUUUGAGCAGAGUUAGUACUCCUAAUCAGGCGCAUUACGCCUCUACUCACCAUGCAGUAAAUUUUGGUAAUAGUGAUCUAAUUUGUAAUGGUUUGUCUGGUUCUUGUUAUAAAAAUUAUUACCAGUAUAGACUUCUAGAAUCUGAAUUUACUACCGAAGAAAUUGAGAUAUUUGCCGUAAAUUCACAAUAA